AUGGACGAGAUGGACAAGACGGAGCUGGACGACCAGAGCAUGGACGAGAUGUACGAGCUGCCCGACGACGACGACCUUGAAGCGAGCGUCGACACGCUGGCGUCACCGACCAAGCGCGCGUUGCACGACAGCGAUGAUGACGACGACGACGCACUUGUCGGCCGCCGCCCACUGCUGUCCCACAACUUUAGCCAGCCAGCGAGUACCGGCGAUGGCCGGCGGCAGGCGCACGACGGCGACGACUCGGACAACGACGAGCCGCCCGAGAUCCCGGGCAGUCCCAUGAAACCGGUCCACGCGCCGUCGUAUCUCUCCAAUGAGCGGCGAGGGCCCGAUAUCUUUGUCGUCAACCACACGGACGAUGACGCGUCGUCGUCGGAAGACGAAGAAGACGAGUACGAGCACGACAAGGCCAGCACCAAGGCACGCUCAACGCUGCGCAGUCAAGAGCGACAGCGAAAAGCGACCACCGUGCGUUCAAAGGACACAGUUUUGUCCUUGGUGACGCCCCACGAUGACGAACCGCCGUCAUCUGUGGGGAAGGACGCGAGCUCACCGCGUCGGACGGUUCUUGACGCGCCGCUGCCCAAGAUCGAAAGCCCGUCCAAAGAGAUGGCGCGGGCAUUCUACGACGAAAUGGCAAAGGAGGAUGCGACCGAUGCAGCGCAAGACCUCGACGAACGGACGCUCCAUGACAACGACAAUGACGACGAGCUCGCGUUGCCACCGGAGAUUCAGACUUUACUCGAGCUGGUCGACGUCUUCCGGCCAGAGAUGGUCGACUUGCCUCUGUACCUCGAACCAUUUGUGCCACCGUAUUUGCCGAGCAUUGGGUUUCCCUUUGACACGACCAGUCUGCUUCGACCGGACGUACUCGUUCUCGACCCGCCACCGGUCGAGCUUGGUGUGCAUCUCCUCGCCGAGCCGAGUGCGGCGCAGUCCAGCCCUGCUGAGCUCCAGCUGCUGCUGCAAGCCGACGCCAAAACAGCCUUGGGCGACUCCCGCCGCGCGAUCGAGUUGCCAGUACAUGUGAUCGAAGAGGCCCACUUGGCGCCAUCGCGCAUUUCCGCAUGGAUGGCGAGCGUCGCGGUCGUGCACGCGUCGCAGCCGCCCCCGCACGUCGUGUACACCAAGCCGAUGCCAUCGCUCGACACCCUUCUCGAGCUCUGGCCACCAGAAAUUGAGCCGUUCUUGACGGGCUUUUCAACUCUCGAGCUGCAUACUUUGUCGCUCGAAGACCGGGUCCGCGUCAUCUGCGGGCUCCUCGACAUUCCCGUCUACCCGGGCCAGCUCAAGCAGAGUUUGCACGUCCUCUUCGUGCUCUAUCAAGAGUGCAUGGCGAUCACCGCCAACGUUCGCGUUUGUGGGUGCUAG